AUGAAUAACUUUUUGUCAUCCAUAGAUUAAUUUGGAAUUGAAGAGCGAGUCCUCUUCUAAAGAUCAAUAUCAACAAAGAGAAGUGCAUUUGGUGGAUUCAUGACCUUGUUUCUCUACGGGAUCAUUCUUUCAUAUGGUCUAUAUUAAUUUAUUGAUUGGAUUGAGAACAAUAAGUUACCUAAAGUCACUUCAACCUCUAAAUAAAUUAAUCAUUCAGAAACUGUUCAGGGCUUAGGCAAAUUCUCAGAGAUUUGUUACCUUCAAUAAAUGUCCAAUCGCAUAGAUCCUUUCAAUCCAAAGUAACUUAUAUACUACCCAAUCUUAAUAAUAAAUCCUUCACAAUAAUAAAUUGACGGUAUUGCAUUUGAAUAAGAAAUCUUAGAUAGUGGUAAAACUGUUAAUAAAUUUGUUUUAUAUGAUAUCGAAUUAGUAGGAUCUCCACUUUAAUCUUAAUAAUUAGCUUAAAAAGACUAUCAAUUGACAUUUAAGAGAUGCAAUCCUGAUAAAAUAUAGUAGGGAAUGCAAUGUGCUGAUGAAACCACCUAUAACCUAUACAAGGAAUAAUAAAUCUAUUCUAGAUCUAAAUUUAUAUUUAGCAAUUCAAUAUCAAAACAAAACAGUUGGACAAGGUUCCAAAGUUUUAUGUUUUAAAUAUGUUGGAGGAUAAAUUGA